CCUAAAAUUUUAUUUGUCAUAUUAAGGGGUUAAAAUGCGAAGGCGGUAUUAUUGUGAUUAUUGUGACAAAUCUUUCAUCGACGAUUUAGAUGCUCGAAAAAAGCACUUGCAAAGUUCAUAUCACAUAAAAUUAAGAAAUUUGCACUAUGAGCUUCACAGAGAUCCUCGAACCAUUUUGAAGGAAGAAUGUGAAAAAACACCAUGUAGGAGAUUUCUAAGCAAUGGUGUGUGCCAAUUUUCAGGAAUUUGUAAAUACACACAUUACACACCAGAGCAAUUAUGGGAAAUUAAAUUACGAGUUGAUAGUGAAGAACAAGGUAAACAAAUUAGAGUUCCCACAAUGGAGUCAUGGCUUCAAACCUACUCUGAAAAACAUAGCAAGGAAAACACAGAUCUCGUUCAUAUUCCUUGGUCUUAUCCUGAACAGCUUGAACACAGAACAGACUUGCCUCCUUCCAUAAAAAAACUAAAACCGGAGCAUUUUGUACAGGAGAAUUUUGAAGAAUGGGGCAAAUAGAUGCUUUAAUGUCUUGAUGUUUUUCAUUCCUAGAAAAAGGAUGCAAAUUCUUUGAUUUGAUCUACAUACUUAUUAAUAGUAUAUUAUUUAACAAGGGUGAAGUUUAAAAAACGAGUCAUAGACGAGUGAUUAAUGCGAGUAGAAUACUACGACUAUUUACAAGUUCUAAUACAAAAUUUUAAAACAAAAAAACAAAAAUUUAACAGAUGUUUAGAUGUUUUUUUAUGUUUUUACAAGAUUUCAACAUUUUUUUUAAUUUGUAUAUUACUAAUAGGAAACAAAUUGUUACUAUAGGUUCCGCAGAAGUAAAAACAGGAAAUAUUACAUCCGGUGUUCCGCAGGGUUCAAUUUUGGGACCACUUCUAUUUUUAACAUACAGCGCAGAAAUAUCAGAAUCGGUAAAAUACGUUAAUAUCCUUGCUUUUGCAGAUGAUACAGAGUUGUAUUAUCAUUUUGAUCUUUAUGAUGUAAAACAAGCUUGCAAUUUUAUUAAUCAAGAUCUAAAAUGAAAUUUUCUUAUUGUCUAAAAGCAUUGGUUUGAUUUUAAAUUCGAGUAAAUGUUCAUCAAUUUGCAUUUCUACAAGAAAUAAAAAAAUCAACUCGGAAAUUAAUUUUAUAUUGUUUUAAAAAUGUUAUAUUCCAAUUAUCACAUUGAAUUUUAAACUUCGAAAAAAACUAUGCGAGUCAUUGGUGCUUGAUUUUUCAUAAUUUUUUUGUCAACUAUAUGUGGUUGAAAAAUCAUUUUAUAUAAAAACUCUUCAUUUUCAUAUUUUUUUUGUCAAUUGUAUGUGGUUGAAAAAUCAUUUUAUAAAAAAACUCCUCAUGUAGUAAUUUUCUUAUAACCCCUGAUGAUGAAAUAAUAAAUUUUCGAAACGUCGGCUAUUUAAGGAAAAGUUUUUUUUUAUUUGUCCUCAACUCGUGAUCCACUAUAUAAACAAAUGAUGCAGGACGUUAACACAACUAACAAUUUUUUGAUUUUUACAAAAUUUUCUUCAGUUUUUGGUACACGGAGCGGUCCACCGGAAUUAUUAUCAGUAACUCUUGUGUUUGUUAUUGGAAAGCAAAUUUAAUUUUCUAUCUUAAAAAAAUCUGGUGUGAACAUCACACGACUUUCCUUAUCCUACUUAUUUGGAAAACAUCUUUACGACAGUAAGGUUUGCCUUAGUGCCACCUGCCGAAUUACACGUGAAAUAGAUCAUAAUUGUCGCGGAUUCGAGUCUGAGGUACAAUUUUUUUAGUUCGGUACCCAUUAUUAUUUUUAUUUUCUUACAUUUUACUGUUUAAUAAGGUGUAUUUCAUGAUUCUAAAUAAUUUUUAUUUGAAUGAAUUUAUUGUAUCUUCAUACGUAUAAUUUUACGGCCGAUUUUUUGACUUUGCGACCGAUUUUUACCAAUUGUUCCGUGCUGCGUCCCCUUCCUACAAGUAACUUACAUAACAAAUUUCAAGUUUUUAGCUUUUAUCGUUCUCGAGAUAUGUUGUUUACAGACACACACACACACACAAUUUGAGAAAAUUGCUGGUAAAAAUAAAAAUAAGUACGAUUGCUUUGACAUUUUGGGACACAAAUACACACAGCUCUUUCGUAUAUUUUAAUAAAAUAGAUGAAUAGAGAGAAUUCAAAAAUGGAGAAACUGUCAAGAAAUUUGAUCCGCAAACGUCACAAAAGUGACCACUUUUAUGACUAAUUGUCACAAGUAAAAUUAAUUAAAAUUCCAUUUUUAAUUUAUGAACAAAAGAAACCACUUUAUUUUUAAAAAUCUUUAUUCAGUAAGCGGGUAAAUUACACAAGAUAAUUAAUAAAAUAAAAAAUCAAGUAUCAUAUACUUUAAAACUACAUUAGGUGUUUAUCUACGACAAAAAACCAUACUUCUUAAUUACACUGUUAAUACUAUUCUGUCCUUUUAACCAACAUCAAAUAAACUUUGCACAUAA